ACCCUCUGAGGCUGUUGCCACCUGGGGUUCCUGUUGGAAAGGCCGUGCCCACCAGCUCUCGGGCCUCUGCCGUAAGCUGCCUGCCUGGUAGACAGCCUCUGCUCUCCUGCUUGGGUCCCAUGGACUAAUUGGCUCUCAUUCAGCAGGAACCUAACAGAGAAGUCAUCUUGUUCCAUGUCAAGAAGAUGCUUGGUUUUAAAACUGUUCAGAAAAUGAUUAAAGCAGUGUCACCACGUGACAUUGUCAGGGGAUGACAAGUGGCUUGAGAAUUUCCCAUUAAUCAUAUUGCAGCUGGAAGGAAGCCCCUUUCUGUUGAGUAGAACUGCAUGGAAAGCAGCCCCCACCGGGAGGUUGAAAAUGAGUGUUCCGAUGGCUCCUAAAAAAUCGUGUUACUCUCAGUUGCAGGACAACGAAAAUGGAGCAAAAAAUAAUAACGAGAGCAUCCUAAGUCUGGGAGACACAAAUGCCAAUCAAAUCAUGUCGGAGCUUAGCUCUCUGGAUGAACUGAAGACAGGUGGCCUGGCAGACGAAAUUGGAAAUGCAAAUUCAAGUGAGCCGGCAAAUAUCACCCAUUUCAGUAAGGAAUUUCACAAACUUCAGGGGUUUGGGAGGGAAUCCCAGGCUAGUGCCACCAGCCAGAAAGAUUCUAAACUUUCUUCCACUAUCUGUGGGGAACCGAGCUCAGAGCACACAACGGGGAGAGGUGCAGAUCCCCCGCAGCUCCCUUGGAGUGUUCACGGACCAUGUGUGCCACGCAGGAGGAGCGUGGCGAGUGAGUCCAGCCUGGAGGUGUUGGCUGAACGGAGUGCCAAGGUCACCCGGCACACUCCCAGGGAUAAAUUGGCGAGGCCCCUGGACAGCGAGGAGCCAAGAAGGCGUCCUUUAGAAAGAGCGAGCAGCGAAUUCUCUGUUAAAGUGGACGCGUCCGCUGAGCAGUCCCUGCAGCUGGCAUCCCCGGACCCCACCGAGGCGUCAUGCCGAGUUUCUGGUGUGGGCGAGAAACCCCAGAAAACGCUGACAGACCGCUUUCAAGGGGCAGGUGUUCAUCUGGCUGACGAUACCUCAGAGGAAAAGACCGUGCUUCUUCCCAAACCAUCUACCUCAGAAACCAUGGAAACCACCCCCUCAGAGUCCCAAAUGGAGGGGGCACACGGCCUGAAUGUUAGCGACGAGAGCACAUCCCCUUCUGCACACUCAGAGCCUGCUCUGCAUUCAACGUCAGCGUCUGAGGAAAUCCCGAGUAAGCCAGAAGCACAGUCAGCUCAGGGGAAGGAGGAGCCCCAGCCGGUGCUGAAACAUGUUCAACCCAGGCCUCUGCAGGAACGAAAGCCGACCCGGGCAGAAUGUCCGGGCUGUCGUAUGGGAGAUGGUGUGUUAUCCCUAGAGAGACCAGAGCCAUGCAGGAAGGCCGCGAAGUCUCUCUCACACCUGGAAACCUCUGGUGCAGCCAGCCGUCUCCCUAACGGCAGUCCUCGCCAUCUUGAUUCGGGAAGAGGAGGUAGUGACGAGGAGAAGAGAAUUGUUAACUUGUCUGAUGAAGAUUCUCUUCAGGCCACCCCCCAGCGGGGCUCUGCUCCCCUGGCUGCUGCUGAUAAUCAGCCCACUGACAAGAUUUCACCAAGCACAGGUGGGAAAUUGGGUGAAAUGUCUCCAAUCGACAUUUCACCAGGUGAUGGUCCUGCGUCAGUCGCUCCUGGUAAUCCACCCGACAGCAAGCUCUUAGAGGUCAGUGAGAAGAAGAGGUUGCUUGGCGGCGGGGAUAUGGACAGUGUUAGGUUUCUGGCUUCAGAUACGUCGAUUGGAGAGAGCAAAACUGGGAUCCCCGAGCCCCUUGUCCAUCAAAGCAGUGGCUCAGGAGCGGGGGAAAGCAAAAAGAUGUCACCAUCCGUUGCUGAAAAUAGAACCCUUCUAGAAAGUGCUGAGAUGGAGAGUACCCCAGUUAGAGCCAAACCCCUUCACUAUGUCCCAGCACCCCUCCAUCCAGAGACAGCUGUCAAUGGGACCCCCCAGCCCACAGCCAGUGGUGGUUUUCAGGAUCUCUGCGUAUUCGGGGUUGGCUUGGAGCCAUUGGCUGCCCCACCUCCUGCCCACAGUGUGCAGUUGUUGAACACGUCCCCGAAAGUGCCUGACAAGGACACCUGCCCCAGUGGAAUCCCCAAGCCCAUCUUCACACAUUACAAGGAUACUCCCUCCUUGCAGGAGGGGAUAGAGAAUGGCCAUGUUGAAAAAACAGAGGAAAGGACAGAAACCAAGCCCAUCAUUAUGCCCAAGCCCAAGCACGUGAGACCUAAAAUCAUCACCUACAUCAGGAGGAGCCCCCAGGCCCUUGGCCAGGUGGACACUUCCCUGGUUCCAAUGGGGCAUCCCUAUGCCCCGCCCACAUGUGGAAUGCCUCUUGCCAAAGAGGAGAAGAUAGCAGGGGGCGACCUCAAGCCAUCCGCCAACCUCUAUGAGAAGUACAAACCAGACUUGCAGAAGCCAAGGGUCUUCAGUUCUGGCUUGAUGGUGUCUGGAAUCAAGCCCCCAGGACAGCAUUUCAGUCAGAUGAAUGAGAAGUUUUUGCAGGAGGUUGCAGACCAGCCUAGAAAGGAAGAAUUCUGUUCUCCUGCGUAUACGCAUUACGAAGUUCCCCCGACUUUCUACCGCUCUGCCAUGCUGCUGAAGCCCCAGCUGGGGCUGGGGGCCAUGUCCCGUUUGCCGUCGGCCAAGAGCCGGAUCCUGAUCGCCAGCCAGAGGUCUUCAGCCAGCGCCCUGCACCCGCCGGGUCCCAUCACCACAGCCGGCAGCCUCUACAGUUCCGAUCCUUCAGAUUUAAAGAAAGUCUCCGGUCCAAAUGCUGUAAAAUCGAGUCUAUCGAAAUCCGGACUUCGUCCUCCUGGAUACUCGCGUCUCCCGGCAGCCAAGCUGGCCGCCUUUGGCUUCGUCCACAGCUCCAGUGUGUCCUCAGUCUCCAGCGUCCAGUCCGAGGGCAACACCCAGGCCGAGCAGAGCCCGGCGGCCGCCAACCGCUCAACCUUCGGAAACCAAGACCAGCCAGCUCUGAAGGCCGCUCUGCUUUCCAGAGACCCCGCCAAGGGGGCCGGCCGGGUGGCCGCAGCCCCCACCAGUGUGGCCACGCCUCGCAGGAGCCUGCUGCCCGCGCCCAAGCCCGCUGGAACAAAGAAAGAAGCACAAAAAGAUCAAGAUGUUAAUAAACCUGCUGUUUCAUCUCCCAAGAGAGUAGCAGCCUCGGCCUCUAAGCUUCAUUCACCAGGACACUCCAAGCAGAGGACCGCUGCUCCCCGAAAUGGGUUUCCCCCGAAGCCCGACCUGCAAGCCCGAGAGGCCGAGCGGCAGUUUGUCCAGCGGCUGAAGGAGCGGUGUGAGAGCCAGGACCGGCAGCUGCGCCUCAUCCAGGGGGGCCUGCGGUGGGCCGUCUGUGGCUUCGAGGCUUUCGCCGUGUCCACCCAGCACUUCUUUGGAAAGAAUGAAAGUGCCCUUGUGAAAGAAAAAGAGCUGUCAAUCGAGCUUGCCAGCAUCAGGGAUGAAGUUGCCUUCAACACAGCCAAAUGUGAGAAGCUGCAGAAGGAGAAGGAGGAGCUGGAGCUGCGCUUCGAGGAGGAGGUGCGGAGGCUGCGCGGGCUGCAGCAGGCCGAGCUGCAAGCCCUGGAGGAGCGGCUGCAGCUGCAGUUCCAGGCAGAGCUGGUGCGCCUGCAGGAGGAGCACCAGGGCCAGCUGCUCAGGAUCCGGUGCCAGCACGAGGAGCAGGUAGAAGACAUCACCGCCAGCCACGAGGCCGCACUCCUGGAGAUGGAGGCUCAUCACACAGCUGCCAUCGCCACCCUGCAGGAUGGCCACAACCACAGAGUCCAAGAGUUGAUGUCUACCCACGAGCUUGAAAAGAAAGAAUUGGAAGACAAUUUUGAAAAACUGCGACUGUCAUUACAGGACCAGGUGGACACGCUGACCUUCCAGGGCCAGUGUCUGCGGGACCGAGCCAGGCGGUUUGAGGAGGCCUUGAGGAAGAGCACGGAGGAGCAGCUGGAGAUCGCCCUGGCUCCCUACCAGCACUUGGAAGAAGACAUGCACAGUCUGAAGCAGGUACUGGAGAUGAAGAAUCAGCAGAUACACCAACAGGAAAAGAAGAUCAUUGAACUGGAAAAGCUGGUGGAAAAGAACAUUAUCCUGGAAGAAAAAAUCCAAGUUCUCCAGCAGCAGAAUGAAGACCUCAAAGCAAGGAUCGACCAAAACACGGUCGUCACAAGACAGCUGUCCGAGGAAAACGCUAAUCUGCAGGAAUACGUUGAGAAGGAAACCCAGGAGAAGAAGAGAUUAAGCCGAACCAACGAAGAGCUGCUCUGGAAGCUCCAGACUGGGGACCCGACCAGCCCGGUGAAACUCUCCCCCACGUCCCCCAUCUACCGCUGCGCGUCCUCCGGGCCUUCGUCUCCAGCCAGAGUCAGCACAUCGCCCAGAUGACGCUGCCUGCAGCCGAGGCGAGCUCCGGCUUCUCCGGGCACUGGGUGUUUCCAUCAAAAGGAGAAGGGCGGGGCCCGGGGCUGGCCCUGCACCAGGCUCAGGACCCCACAACUGUGUCCCAGGCAGGGUCCUCUUCUGAUUCCGUGCAAGACUUAGGAAAGUGUCCGGGUCUAGUCUGGCUUGCAAACGUUUCACCAUAGUUAGGGCCAAGGGAAAGCAAACUCCGGCAACAGCUGUUGAUUAGCGAUGAACUUUCACUGCAGAAUUUCAGGUUAGUUACAAAUAGCUCAAUUUUGAAUAUACAUUGAAUAAUCAUUGUGUACUGCACCAAUAUGUGUCUAUUUAGAUAUACCUAUAUACACAGGCAGCGGGUCUGAAUUGCAUUUUUUAUACCAUGAAGUGCUGACAUAUUUUAGUGAACGUCAGCAGUUUUCUAACUUGUGCCUAAGAAUUAUUGGGAAAUGAAAAUGCAUUUCUAUCUAGCUUCCCUGGAAUAUUUCUACCCAAAAUAGAAAAAGAAAAAAAAAAAAAAGAUACAGUGAAGAAGCGCCUUUCAGCCUGCCACCAAGUGGUACUCUAUUUAACAGGAACA